AUGACGCGCUUGCAGCUUAACGCGCUGUUUCAUCCGCAGGCUGUAUGCUUCGAUGUCGACAGCACGUUUUGCGAGGACGAGUCCAUCGAUGAGCUGGCAGCAUAUCUUGGCGUUGGGGAGCAGGUGGCAGCCUUAACGGCAAGGCAGGUCGUUGUUGACUCGGUGGCCAUGGGCGGCUCUGUUGAGUUCAAGGAGGCCCUCCGUACCCGUCUGGGGGUCAUGAAACCCAGAAGGGCGGAUGUGGAGCACUUCUUGAGGGACCACCCGCACCGAGUCACCCCGGGCAUCCCCGAGUUGGUGGCUCUCCUGCGGUCCCGGGGUCAGGAGGUGUUCCUGGUGUCGGGGGGCUUCCGACAGAUCAUCCACCCCCUCGCCGAGUCUCUAGGGAUACCGCUGUCCCACGUGUUUGCGAACUCCAUCUUGUUUGAUUCCGAGGGGAAUUACGCGGGGUUCGACGAGAGCGAGUUCACGUGUCGCAGCGGGGGAAAGCCGGCGGCGAUUCGCCAUAUCAAGGACAAGUACGGGUACGACAGUAUUGUAAUGGUGGGCGACGGCGCCACUGAUUUGGAGGCCAGGUCUGAAGGAGCAGCGACCGUGUUUGUUGGGUACGGUGGCGUUGUCGUACGCAAGAACAUCGCAGAGAAGGCGGACUGGUACAUCCUGGAUAUCCAGCAGCUCAUCGACGUGCUCAAGUAA